AACGGGGCUGAAGUCCUGGGUGGCCGGGCGUUGUGGUUGGAGGUCUCCGAGACCGUGGCUGCAGCUGCGCGGCGGCGGUGCGACCGGCAGGAGGCCUGCGUGGCCCGGCCAUGCCGACUCGGGCGGAGGAUUACGAGGUGCUGUACACCAUUGGCACCGGCUCCUACGGCCGCUGCCAGAAGAUCCGGAGGAAGAGCGACGGCAAGAUAUUAGUUUGGAAAGAACUUGACUAUGGCUCCAUGACAGAAGCUGAGAAACAAAUGCUUGUUUCUGAAGUGAAUUUGCUCCGUGAGCUGAAGCAUCCAAACAUUGUCCGAUACUAUGAUAGAAUUAUUGACCGGACCAACACAACACUGUACAUUGUAAUGGAAUAUUGCGAAGGGGGGGACCUGGCUAGUGUAAUUUCAAAGGGAACCAAGGAAAGACAGUACUUAGAUGAAGAGUUUGUUCUUCGAGUGAUGACCCAGUUGACCCUGGCCCUAAAGGAAUGUCACAGACGAAGCGAUGGUGGUCAUACUGUGCUGCAUCGGGAUCUGAAACCAGCCAAUGUUUUCCUGGAUGGCAAGCAAAAUGUCAAGCUUGGAGACUUUGGGCUAGCUAGAAUAUUAAACCACGAUACAAGUUUUGCAAAAACAUUUGUUGGCACACCUUAUUACAUGUCUCCUGAACAAAUGAAUCGCAUGUCUUACAAUGAGAAAUCAGACAUCUGGUCACUGGGUUGUUUGCUGUAUGAAUUGUGUGCAUUAAUGCCUCCAUUUACAGCUUUCAACCAAAAAGAACUAGCUGGGAAGAUCAGAGAAGGCAAAUUCAGACGAAUUCCAUAUCGUUACUCUGAUGAAUUAAACGACCUUAUUACCAGGAUGUUAAAUUUAAAGGAUUACCACCGACCUUCUGUUGAAGAAAUUCUCGAGAGUCCUUUGAUAGCGGACUUGGUUGUGGAAGAGCAGAGAAGAAAUCCUGAGAGAAGAGGGCGACGAGUAGGAGAACCAGAAAAGCCGCAGGAGCCCAGCCCUGCGCUGAGUGAGCUGAGACUGAAGGAGUUGCAGUUGCAGGAGCGGGAGCGAGCCCUCCGAGCGAGGGAGGAGAGGCUGGAGCAGAAGGAACGUGAGCUUUGCGUUCGUGAGAGACUGGCAGAGAACAAACUGGCCAGAGCAGAAAGUCUGUUGAAGAAUUACAGCCUGCUGAGGGACCAGAAGUUCCUGUCUCUGGCGGGGAGCCCAGAACUUUUUGAUCUUCCAUCUUCAAUAAUGAAGAAGAAAGUUCAUUUCAGUGGGGAGAGUAAAGAGAACGUCAUGAGUGAGAAUUCUGAGAGUCAGCUCACUUCCAAGUCCAAGUGCAAAGACCUGAAAAAAAGGCUGCAUGCCGCUCAGCUUCGUGCUCAAGCCCUGUCCGACAUUGAAAAGAAUUACCAGCUGAAAAGCAGACAGAUCCUGGGCAUGCGCUAGCCUGGCCGCGGGACGCAGCCCUCCCGAGAGCCGUGCCCAGCUGCUGCGGCCACAGACGCGGUUCCGUGCGCCGUGCCUUCCCCUGUCUUGCUUGGGUCUUGCUCUUGCUGUUCUUCAGCAACAACUGUACAAAAUGUCUACGCCUUUCAUUUUUAAAGAACAUUUUAUUGAAGAAUGACACUUGCUUGGCCAGUUGGGCUUUUAAUCCUGUGUGUGGUUACUACUGGAACACGAACUGUUAUAUUCUAAAUGGUGGUGGUGGUGGGGGAUCAUACGAGGAAAAAAUAUUUACCCAGGAGCAGCACUUACUGGGAAGUUUAAGACUGAGUGGUGUGCUUGUAACUGUCGUGUCUAGAUUAAAGUCUGAGGUUUUAAAUGUUCUUGAGCUUAGAGAAGACCUAAUUGGAUACAAAUUGGUCACGAAUACCUUGACAUCUAGCUUAUAAAUAUCCCCUUGCUCUGUAGUGUAAAUCUGUCACCUUUUGUGAAAAUUCAUCACUGUGACGUCUGUAUUUUUUCCCCUUUCUAUUCUAUUUAACCGUAUAUGAGCUGUCUGUCUUUUACCCACCCCUU